AUGACUCUGCCCCCAGAGGUGACUGUUUCUGGCGCCCUUGCUGGACCACUGUGCCCCCAGGAUUGGAGGCUGAGCCAGGGCAGUGAUGCGGGCUCAGGCCAAAGGUGGGUGCUACCUCCCGGGGCCCAGGCUGCAGACUCAGGACUGGGCAUCAUGACCCCGUGGCUGCAACGCCCCUCCUGGGACCUGUCCUGGCAGCGGCCUGAGCUGACUGCCAUCCUCCCAAGGGCCCGGCGGAGCACAGAGAAGAAGGCUUGCACCCUGCGCCAGAAGACUUGCCCCCCGGGGCGGAAUGUCACGGUGGUGGAAGAAAACCUUGUCGUCUACGAGGAGUGGGAACUGGAGGCCUGUGUGGAUGGGGCCCUGUUAGACGCUCAGAUGAACCGGGUGAAUGUGAUUCCCUUCACCCACCAGCAGCUCGAAAUUUUUAGGUGCAAAUUGAACGAGGUCUAUCUGCAGGGGUACCCCGAGUCCCUGGUCUGGCGCCUAAGGUACUUCUUCUAUGCGGUCACCCCUGAAGACAUCUACAAGUGGAGUGCGACAUCCCUUGAGGUCGUGAAAUAUCUGCUUAAAAUCAGCACAGGGCGCAAAAUGGAUGCUCAGGUGGCCGCCUUGAUUGCCCGCUGCCAGGUGGGAGGGGGCCAGAUGGACAAGGCCACCCUCGACACCCUGGCUACCUUCCGUCCCACCUACCUGUGCUUCCUCAGUCCUGAGCAGCUGGGCUCCACGCAGCACAACGUUGUUUGGGCGGCCAGGCCCCAGGACCUGGACGCGUGCCGCCCACUACAGAUGGACGUCCUCUAUUCCAAGGCCCGCAUCGCCUUCCAGAACACAAGCAGGUCCGAAUACUUUGCGAGGAUCAAGCCCUACCUAGGUGGGGCCCCCACGGAGGACCUGAGGGCUCUCAGUCGGCAGAACAUACACAUGGACAUGGCCACCUUCAAGAAGCUGCAGACAGAGGCCCUGCUGCCGCUGACCAUUGCCGAGGUGCAAAAACUUCUGGGUCCCAACCUGGCGGGCCUGAAGACUGAGGAGGGGAAUAGCCCCAUUCGGGACUGGAUCUUCCGGCAGCCGCAGGAUGACCUGGACAGUCUGGGUCUGGGGCUCCACGGCGGCAUCCCCAAUGGCUACCUGGUCCUGGACCUCAACUUCCGAGAGGCCCUCUCGGGGGGCGCCCACCUCCUCGGACCUGGACCUGUGCUCACCGUGAUCCCAACUCUGUUUCUGGCUGUGACCCUGAACUGA